AUGAUUUUCACCUCCAGAUAUGAGAUUCCCAUCCCUGAGGUAGACCUCCUCACUUACAUAUUCGAUUGCUCACCCUGUGAAGAUUUAUGGUCGGAGGAGUCACAACAAGCUUCGUCAGACAAGCCUGUAUAUGUCGAAGCUCAUGACCCGACUAAACAACUGAAUAAAGCACAGCUUAAGCAUAUCGUUGAAUCCCUAGCUGCUGGUUUGCGACACACGUUCAAGAUACGGGACGGCGAUGUUGUCUUGGGGUUCUGUGAGAAUUCUAUCCUCUACCCAGCAAUUAUUCUUGCUUCAAUUGCCGCCGGGGGCGUCUUCACCGGAGCCAAUCCGACAUACACCUACUCUGAACUGGUCAAUCAGCUCAAAGUCUCGGGUGCCAAAUGCAUUGUCACCGACGGCCCCCGACUCGACAUGGUCAAGAAAGCCGCAAAGGCUGCAGGCUUACCACUCGGUUCCUUAGUCCUCAUCGACUCUAAGGACGGCAGCUCAGUCGGUGGCGUGUCAUCCUUCCAAAGCUUGUUAGGCUGCGGAACGUACUCUUGGGAGAGGAUUUCAGACCCUAAAGUCCUUGCUGAUAAACCAGCCGUCCUCAACUUCAGCAGUGGCACGACCGGCCUCCCGAAAGCGUGCGAGAUCACCCAUCGCAACUUGGUCGCCAACGCAGAGCAGAACCUACAUCUUGACCGUGUGGCGAGGAAGCGAAAGAAUGACCCGACCUUUGCAGCCAACGAUGUCCACUGCGCCUUUCUCCCAUUUUACCAUGCCAUGGGCCUGAUCACCUUCUGCAUCUUGAACGUAAAGCGAUGCUGCACAACUGUCGUAAUGCCCAAGUUUGAUCUGAAGUUAUUCCUCAGCACGAUCCAGAAGUUCAAAGUAACAUACCUAAUCUUCGCACCCCCGGUGGUAUCCAUGCUCGUCAAGAGUCCUCUUGUUUCUCAGUACGAUCUCUCUAGUGUCAAGUUCCUUGUGUGUGGAGCAGCACCACUGCAAGCCGAUGUCGAGAAGCGACUCGAGGCACUCUUCAGCAAAACUGGCGCUCGCAGCCGUCAGGGAUGGGGUAUGAGUGAGGCUACCAUGUCGAUUUCGAUCUUUGGACCUGAUGAGUUUGAUCCCUCUCAUGGAAGCGUUGGAUACCUGGUGGCCAAUAUGCAGCUCCAGAUUAUCGAUGAGAACGGCAAGGCUGUUGGAUAUGAUGAGGAGGGUGAGGCUAUACUUGCCGGACCCAAUGUCUUCAAGGGUUACUACAAGAACCCUGCUGCCACCAAGGAAACUUUCACUGACGAUGGCUGGCUCAAGACUGGGGACAUUGUCAAGGUUGAUAAGACUGGGCUGAUUACCAUCGUUGAUCGCAAAAAGGUUUGUGUCCGCAGGAACUUGCACACGACACGCGCUGACAGUGAAUACCAGGAACUCAUCAAAGUCAAGGGAUUCCAAGUCGCACCAUCUGAACUAGAAGGUCAUCUUUUAGAGCACGACGGUGUCCAAGACUGUGCAGUCAUUCGAGUUCUACGAGAUGGGCAUGAACACCCUCAGGCUCACAUCGUGCGAAAGAAGCCAGACGCGACAGCCGAGUCCAUCCUGUCAUUCAUGGACAAGCGCCUAUCGCCCAUCAAACGAAUCACGGGCGGCAUUGUAUUCACCGACGCCAUUCCAAAAUCCCCGUCUGGCAAGAUUCUUCGACGAUUGAUCAAGGAUGGCUUUGCUAGCAAGGACCCUAGUCCUCGUCUAUGA